GGUCUUGGUGUGCAGGGCAGAAGAAGUGCGAAGAGCUCAGCGGCAUCAUCGCUAAGUACAAUGUCAGAAGUACCAGAACGGACCGCCUCGGGCUCGAAGAAGCCGGAGGAGAGAGCGUCGAAAAGAGCGCGGAUCGAAGAGCCCGCAGGCGAAGGUCGGUCAUCAACUGCUCCAGCUGGGGUCAGCGAUCCCAGCCAUGAGGAUGAGCGUAACCAGGACGGACCGAACCAGCGCAAUUUGAAUAGGAAUACAUCACAAGACCUCCGGAAACGGUUGACUCAUAUCGAAGAAGGCCAGACAGUGCUGCUGGAACUACCGUCCGGCAACAUCAAACCCGUUACCAUGCUUGCAGGCGCAUCCAUCAAUCUGGGCAAGUUCGGCAGCUUUGAGGCGGAUGACCUUAUCGGGCUACCGUAUGGCCUCACCUAUGAAAUCGACGACCACAAUGAAAAUGACACGGGUGGCACGAGCAAGGGCAAAGGAAAAGGAAAGGCACGGAGCGGAAGACUGCGCGCCGUGGUUAAUGCGACGCUCUCAGAGCUCCAAGAGACAGACGCGACGAACGAGUUCAUCAACGACGAAAAUGCUUCGCAGGCCCUGAACCACCUUGAUAUUCGAGCUCUGAAAGAGGCGGGAAAGACAGGCGAGGAUAUUAUCAAGAUCGUCACAGAGUCCAACUCGAGCUUCUCGCAAAAGACUGUCUAUGCGCAGGACAAGUUCGUAAAACGAAAAGCGCAAAAGCACCUCAAGCUCUUCACCCCGCUCACCCCCUCGGCGCACAACGUCACCACGUGGAACUUCCUUAAAAAUGCCGACCGCGUGCGCAAUCUACGCGCAGAUUCGCUGGCGCAAAUGCUCUCCAUGGCAGAAGUGCGCGCCGGCGGGAAGUACCUCGUCGUCGACGCGCUUGGCGGCUUGCUGACGGGUGCUAUCAUCGAGCGCGUCGGUGCCGACGGACGCGUAAUCUUGCUUAACGAUAACGACUCGCCGCCGACGCUAGAGCUGAUGACGACGCUUAACCUCCGGCAGGCGACGGUCGACAACGUACUGCGUUCUCUCAACUGGGCCCAGGCGGAGGAGAGCUGGUCGCUUCCUGAACUGCCUACGGAGAUCGAAACGCUGCAGCGAGACGGUCAACCCGUGAAUACACGCGAGAAGAGCAAGAUCAAAAGGCGUCGAGCGACGUUCGCGAUGAUCGCUGAGACCAGGCGCGAGUUCUUCGAGGGAGACUUUGACGCGCUGCUCAUCGCUUCGGACUAUGAGCCAUUCUCGAUCUUCUCGAGACUCGUCCCGCGCCUCGCUGGCUCGGCAAGUAUCGUCGUGCACAGUUGCUUUUUACAGCCGCUGAUGGACGCACACGCUCGCAUGCGCCUGAAGCCUGAAUACCUCAACAUAUCCGUCAGUGAACCGUGGCUGCGGCGCUACCAAGUGUAUCCGGGACGCAUGCACCCCGAGAUGAAUACGAGCGCGACGGGAGGUUAUCUGCUACAUGCCAUCCGGGUGCUGCCGGAGGAAGAUCCGUGAGAAAUUCAUGCUUGUGCGAAGGAGUGCAUGUAUGUCACAUCUACACUGAAGGGAGACGAAUCGCCUUGCAUUGAAUCGCAAGAGAUGUUAAUGGGCACACCGAUC